GAGAACUCACCUUGUUUGGUUCCGCUGCCCUUGCACGAUGACACCCAAUGUUUUGGUUCCAAUUCCCCAGCCCCCAAUAUCAUCAUGCCGCAUCUGGGGGGACCAUCUUUAUAUCAACAAGAUGGACUCCCCCGUGAGAGAGAAUGCUAAUUGAUGGGUUAGAUUGUGACCUGCCAUGGCCUCUUCGGAUGUGGACCAGAAAUUCCUGGCUGCUGCUGCUGUGCGAACUGCCCCUGAUAAUGCCCUUGCAUCUGCCGCCUUCUACAAGAUCCUCGGCAACUCCGUCUUGCUCGCUCGCAAACUCUAUCGCGCCAGGAAACUGCGCAAGCUCGACACUUCGCGCGACACAAAGUCGCUGUCACUAUACCGGCACAUCAUCUGGAUGAGUCGGGAAGGCUUGGAGCUGCUCGACACCUACAUCCUCCCAGAUGUCAUGGACGGCCACUUUGAUGCCGAGGUCAGAGUGCUGGCCGUGAAGCUGCGAGCCUCAUACCACCACAUCUUCUGCCUCUUCCACAACCAGCCUCCCGUGUCCCAGGCCGGAAAUCCAUACUACAAGCUUUCCACCGCCUCGCCCAAAUCCUCCCCGCGCACCGGAGCAGCGAAACGGGGCAGCAAGCCCGCGACAUCUCCAACAAAGACACGAGGUGGUGGCCUCCGUGAGCCCAUUGACUCGAUCACGUCAGAAACCAGCUUCGUCACCAAUCCCUACCACGCGACCACGACGAGACUCGACCGCCAGACACCCCCUGGCCUCGCUCCUCCGCCGGGCCUCUCACCUGUCCGCAUCCCACAGCCGUCUGCGUUUCUACUCCCGGUCAUGAAUUGGCUUCCCCUCACAUCGUCCUACUUCAUAUCCGCCUCGGCCUACGCGCAAGCCAGCCUUCCCGGCUCGCACCCCCUGCGACUCUCCGUCGCCCUCGAACACGCCGCCUUUCUCUGGGACUGUCUGCAUGACCACGACGGUGCCCGCACCAUGGCCCGCGCCGCGAUCAAAGACGUCUACCGCGCCCCGGAGAGCAUGGACGACGACGACUUCCGCAGCGCCGCCGAGCUCGUCGCCACCCUCGGCCGCAUGAUGAAGCGCCGCAGCUGGGAGGGCACCCCGAGACCUGGCACCGCCACAUCUCCGACCCCCGCCGUGCCUCCCAGUGUGUCUCCCACGGAGCCUCACGCAACACCAAAGACGAGCCCCAAAACACCACGCCAGGCCCACCCACGCCCGUCUCCGCCCGCGGCACCACCAAGCACCGAGCGACGGCGCAACUCAGGAUCGGGCGCACACCCACGCGAUCGCGACCGCAACGUCUCAUUUGACACUCCUCUCUCUCCGACCCCCGACACAUCUCAAGGCCGCGAUGCCUGUCCUCCCACUCGCAGACCUAACAGCGCCGCCAACGCCAAAGACUCGUCUCCAGCGCACCCGGCCCGUCGACCCAGCACCGCAAAAGAUGCCCAAUCACCCCACACGCCACACAACCGGCGGCCACAGAAAAGUGGUGGUGGUGGCGGACAUGCUAGUGCCGAAAACACACCUCGUGCAGGUGCUGUCAACGUAGGCAGGGUGACUACGCACUCUGUGCCUCGCUAUGCAGUAGAUACACGCGUUGAUGCCAGUCCGCAGGCUGCAGAGCGACGGCAUGUUGGUGGUGGUCCUGUUGCCCUUGGACGCGGCGGGGGGCGGGUUGUUGGGCGGUGAGACGAGCUGUAUAUGAUGUAUACUAGUAUACUACCACGCGUGUUAUGUGUGUACAUUGGUUUCGAAGAAUUGAGGGAGCGGUCGUGUUGUAAUUAGUGAUUUCGAGUCUAGAUAU